AUGCUCCCUUUGCCUGCAUUUGCACCUGCACUUUACUUGGUUUUCUCUUCCUCACCACAAAACACAUGUUCAUGGAGAAAGAGAACGUUACGUAGUGUAUGUGUGCGGGAAUGGAUGGGAAACCAAGCACAAGGUGCAGGUACAUCUGCAGAAAAAUUCCGCACAGAUUCACAUGAAGAAUAUGAAAAGAAGAGUAAGAUUCCGCUAGUUUUUGAUGAAUCAUGGAGAAUUCAUCAUAAGAAAGAGAUGCAGGACAUGCUGGUUGAGUGA